GGUAUGCAGUCUCUUCAAGUUGAUCGUCGGUUUCUACACCGCCAGUCAAAGCAAAUGAACAUAGUGCUCGGCAUUGACUUGGGCACCACUUCUGUGAAAGUGGUCCUGUAUCGGUUCCCGAAAAUACUUUCUCAGUGCUGUCUACCGCAUGAAGCGACGAUCUCCUCUGAAGAUAAAAGCUUUCAUCAGCAAGACGUCGCCAAGAUAUUUGCCGCUUUCGAACGCUGCGUUAAAUCCGUUCUGUUGGCCAGCCCCAUCAACAUGCAAUCGGUGUCAGCCAUCGCUGUCUGUGGGCAGAUGCAUGGCUGCGUCCUGUGGGCCGAAAGAGAUAUCCAUCGUUUCACGACAGCUCAGCAGGCCAUUUGCGCUCUGGCAAGCGGCGACUGGAGCGAAAUCUCACCGUUGGUCACUUGGCUGGAUAGACGAGCAGUCGGACCGUUUCUUGACAGUCUUCCAUUGCCCAAGUCGCAUGUUGUUCCUCGUUCCGGAUUCGGUAUCGUUACGUUGCUGUGGUGGCUAAGAAACGGAAUGCUGCCUGGACCAUCUUCGGCAUGCAACUGUGCGGGCACCGUUCAGGACUUGUUGGUAGCUUGUUUGUGUCUCCUACAGCGUCCGGUCAUGACUAAUCACAACGCUGUUAGUUGGGGCUACUUCGAUGAUGUCAAUAGCUUCAGUUGGAACGAAUCUUUACUUGAGCGCGAGGGUUUACAACAUAACUUUCUUCCAGAAGUCGUCUCCGCCGGCUCGAUUGCUGGCUUCCUAAAAGGUUCUUUUCAUGGCAUACUUGACGGAGUUCCGGUUUUUGCUGCUUUGGGUGAUUUUCAGGCAACGGUUUACCAGCAUAUGUGCCCACAUACAGCAGUGGCAGCCUCGUUAAACGGUGGUAACGUACUUUCAGCAAUCGUCGACAGCUUAUGCGAUGCUAUUUUCAUGAUCACUGGAAGUAGCCCUCCUGCAGAGAAAGUAUGGCAAGUGCUAAUGACAGAUGUUGUGUCAACGAACCAUCAGGAAGUCUCGGAAGAUAGUUGUUCCGUGAACCCAUGGCUCUUUGGAGAAAGAUAUGACCCGUCAUUGCGUGCCUCUGUGACAAACAUCACUAGUGGAAACUUCAGCUUAAGCCGUUUAUUUCAAGAAGUGAUUUCGAGUAUCAUCUCGAACCUGCACUCAAUGCUGCCCGCUGGAUUCAUCGAAGUCUAUGACAUUCGUCAGAUGAAAUUAACAGGCGAAGCGGCUAAAGACUAUUUUCGCAAAUUCGUCGAAAAGUUUUAUGGCGAUCGGUGUCAGAUUACGGCUAUCGAAGGCACACUCGAUGCAGCUGUAGGAAGUGCUGCCUACGUUUCGCACAUUUCGUCAUCCUGCAGUUCUGAGCGCGUCUAA